AGUUUAUUCUCUAUAUAUAGAGUAACAAAUUAAAAAUUGAUGACAGGCAAAAUCAAUUCAAACAUAAAAUACAAAAGAAAACCCUAUCUCUUCCUAUAUAUGGCCGACCCGAAUCCGCUUCUCUCCGAUUUCCAGUCGUCCGAGUCAAAGCUUCCGCCACCAAGAUCCCUUGACGAGACGAUAGAGCAAUGCAUCGGAAACUUCGGGUGGGCACAAUUCCUCCAAGCCGCUUUAGUCUCACUCGCUUGGGUCUUCGACGCUCAACAAACAUUCAUCACCGUCUUCACCGACUCACAACCCACGUGGCACUGUACCGAAUCGGAACGAGUCGACUCAGUAUGCAACACGUCAUCCUCCAACCUCUGCACCUUACCCAACCAAACCUGGUCUUGGGACUUCAACCCUCACGUGUCAAUCAUUUCCGAGUGGGGGCUACAAUGCGCCGGCUCGUUUCUCAAGGGAUUGCCUGCAAGCUCCUUUUUCCUUGGCUGUCUAAUCGGCGGCUUAGUUCUCUCUACACUCGCCGACUCAUCGCUUGGUCGUAAGAACAUGCUCUUGUUGUCGUGUCUCGUAAUGUCUCUUUCUUCGAUGUUAACAGCUUUCUCAACGAGCAUUUGGGUUUAUGCGUUUUUGAGAUUCUUGAACGGGUGUGGCCGAGCCACGAUCGGGACUUGCGCGCUCGUUCUAUCAACGGAGUUAGUCGGUAAAAAAUGGCGAGGAAAAGUCGGUGCGAUGGGUUUCUUUUGCUUCACGUUAGGGUUUUUAUCGCUUCCGAUGUUAGGUUACAUUAAUAACGGGAAUUCUUGGAGGUAUCUUUAUGUUUGGACAUCGAUACCGACUUUAAUCUAUUGCUGUUUAGUUUGGAUUUUCGUCAGGGAAUCUCCUAGAUGGCUUAUCGUAAAGGGUCGUAAAGAGGAAGCCGUCUCAAUUCUCCAAAGCAUUGCUUCUAAUGCAAUCACUAUGAGCUUCACGAACUUAUGUUUUGAUGUACAAGAGGAUCAAUCCAAGUCAAAUCCUGAUGUUUACAAUGCCUUAAAGAUCUUGGUGAGGAAAAGUUGGUCGUUUAGGAGAUUAUUAGCGGCUAUGGUGGUUGGAUUCGGUAUCGGUAUGGUUUAUUACGGAAUGCCAUUAGCUUUAACGAAUCUAAACUUCAAUCUUUACUUAGGUGUUGUGUUCAACGCCUUGUCUGAGUUCCCAGCUUUUCUGAUAACGUUUUUCUUCAUUGAUAAAAUCAAUAGAAGAGAUGCGUUGAUCGGAUUUACAGCUCUAAGUGGAAUCUCUAGCGCUCUGAUCGCGGUGUUAGGACAACAACUAGGGUCAUUACAGAUUGUGUUAGAGCUCGUUUCGUUUUUCAGUGCGUGCACCGCAUUUAACAUGACGCUUAUAUACACAAUUGAGAUGUUUCCGACAUGUGUGAGGAACUCGGCGAUUGCGAUGGUGAGGCAAGCGCUGGUGUUUGGCGGCGUUUUUAGUCCAGUGAUGGUUGCUGCUGGUCGCGAAAAUCAGUUUUGGUCGUAUGGGUUAUUUGGUUUGGUCAUAGCAUUGUGUGGAUUGUUUGUGUUUGGAUUGCCGGAGACUAGAGGAAGUGUUCUAUGCGACACUAUGGACGAGGAGGAGUAUAAGACUUUGGCAAAGAGACAAUUUAUUGGUUGAUAGUGUUGUCUUUGUUGUAAUGGUUAAAAAGUAUGCAUGCAGGCUUAAACCGUUUCGGUAUUGAUUCAAAUCAUUCUGGUUUUAAUACUUAUGAAACCACGUACGGGUUAACUCCCUGCAUU